AUGGCGACAGUGCGCCGCGUUGUGUUCUUGUUGGCCGCUGCUCUUUGCUGCACGGCCUUGUGCGUGGCAGAAACUGGUGCAGCUGAUUUGUCACGUACAACUGAUAACGCGAAGAUAACGCUGACGCGGAAGUUUGACGUUACUAACUGCACAAAAUCGUCCACCCCGGCUACUGGGAAGACCAGCGAUGUUAUUAUUUCCACUAAGAUUGCUUUGAAGAAGAAGGGUGACUCAGAAAAAACGCCAGAAAUUCCGAUUAAACCGUCUGAGGCAGUCAAAGUUCCCGAUGGGUACAACUUAACACUGGAGACCUCACUGGAUGUUAAAUGUACGAAGGAAGGCACAUCUGCGGAAAUCCCUGGAACAACGUGUACCGUUCAGAAGGGUGAGGCAGCUUCCGACAGUAUCACCCAUGAUGCCAACGUGGAGACCACUGCAACUGGCUACGGUCCCAAUACGAUCAUGGAAAAAAAAGAACAUAAAGUGAGUCUCACAGCUGGGUACGACGUGGAAAUCAUUGCGAACGUUGUGGCCAAAUGCAGUCCUUUACCAGUAUCCGAUUUUUCUCUCUCGGCUGAAAAGAACAUUUAUCCUACGGACGGAAGGGGUGAAUCGCCUGACCCUAGAGACCCUGACCAACGCGGACAAGGACUCUCUCUAAGUGGCGAGGAAUCUGCAGGAGGCCGCGGGGCUGCGCUUGGUGAAGUGGAUGCUGACGCACCACCCGGGAAACAAGGAAAAUUGCCUGCGAGUGGUCAGAUAACGCAACCCGCGGCAGCGUCUUCUAAACAGGAGGGCCCUGAAUCCAGCACAAAGACUGAAAGGCUUCCUGAGGGGUCUACACGCACUUUCACUGCCACUGGAACUGGAACAGGAGCUGCGCAGGGUCUACCAAGUGCCAGCGCGAACCCCUCCGCAGGGAGUCGCCAGCCACAUCUCGCGCCCCUGACAGAAGGCGGCGGCUCAGUCAUUGAAGAGUCCACCAGGGAGGGGAAACGCAUGGUGGACAAAGGUGCCACUGCCACUGAGUCACAUGGUGCCCCGGAAACUGUUGCCACGCAGCCGCCUGAAACAGAAGCGCAAACAAUUGUGGCACCUGCUGCUUCUGCUUCGCCGGAUUCCGACGUCACUAGCAGCAGCUCCGGUGGUGAGGCGCACGCCAUCCGUAACGCGGAUGGAGUCAGUGGCUCUGCAUCGUUGAGUGCGCCACUGAUGCUGACUGCGGUGCUGAUGUGUCGUUCUGUUUAUUGA